UACCAAACAAAAAAUUACAUCUUUUGGUUUUAGCUGGUCUUCGAUUUUACCAGGACAAGGUAAAUUCUCCAAGUAAACAAGGACUGCGAAGCGAAAGUUGCAAGCAAGUAAGGAGAAAAGAAGAACAACAAAAAAUCUUUAAAAAUGGGUGGCAGUUCAGCAAUUAUAAAGUAUCUGUUGUUUGUCUUCAAUUUCGUCUUCUUUUUGAUGGGAUGUGGAAUCCUUGGUAUUGGAAUUUAUCUAAAAGUAGAAAAAGGUGAUUACGCAGAAUUGUCUGAUUUGAAUUACAUCACAGCCAGCAAUGUUAUCAUUGCUGCAGGUGUCAUCACAACAAUUGUGUCAUUCUUGGGAUGUUGUGGUGCAAUUAAGGAGAUUGCACCCAUGCUAUUGACAUUCUUUAUAUUUCUGUUGAUCGUUUUUAUCAUGGAAAUGGCAGCUGGAGGAUAUGCAUAUGCCAAAAGAAAUGAUUUGGAAAGUAAGUUAGCUGAAGAGUUUAAGUUUGCCAUCAACCACACGUAUGGUCAGAUUAAUGGAGAGGGCUUUACCAAGGCGAUUGAUAAAUUUCAAGAAGAAUUUAGUUGUUGUGGUUACUCCAACUAUAUUGAUUAUCGGCUCUCUAAAUAUACCGAACAGAAAAAUACCAUUCCUAAAUCAUGCUGUAAACACAAGGAUACGGAUCCUAAAUGUGGUAGCACUAGUGCAACAUUGUUGAACGAAGUAUACAACACAAAGGGCUGCUAUGAUGAGGUAAAGAAAUUUCUGGAGGAAAAACUAUUGUUAGUUGCCGCUGUUUCAAUAGCUUUUGCUGUUUUACAGAUACUCGGCAUGGUGUUAUCAAUGGUGUUAUACUGUCAAAUUCGCAAUGACAACCAUGGAACUAUGGCUUAAUGUGUGUAGAGGUGUGUAGAGGUGUGGAGUGAUAGUAAAAAUACUUUGCUAUGUUGUUGAUGUGUUAAAUCCAAACGGAUGAUUUUUUUGCACUUUAAAAAAAAUAAUUAGUUUUUGAUGAUUAAUAAUGAUUGUAUUACUUUAUGUAUAUUUUUCAUGUCUCCUUGCACAUAUAUAGACGUUUAAAAAGUUACUGGUGCAUCAAUGUAUAAUGGUGAACGCUUCCAGUAUGUAAAUGAGGCAUGAAUUAUACUAAGUUUGUUAUUCGAAGCUUUUUUUGUUUAAAGGAUUGGAAGCAUAAUGUUUGACUUUGAAUAGCGGUAACUUUUUGAAGUGUAUCUAUUUAUGUUUUUCUGACAACAUUGUUAAUGUUGUAUUUAUUUUGACUAUAUUGACAAUGGAAAAUUGACAAAAAGGUAUUGACUUCUUUCUUUACAUUUUUUAUCUCUUUAUCAAACCAUUUGCAUUGCAAGGAAUCCACAAUUUAUAUCUUUAAAAGGUUUAUGUCUUUUACUGCGUAUUUAGAACACAGUGGUCUCGUGAUAUUUUCUUAUGUAAUUUUUUAAAAGUUUUAAUAUCUUGAUCACCAUAAAAUUACCGGGAUUUUUUUCACUGUUAGAUACUUACUAUAUGGUAUGUAACUUAAAUAUAUCUUGUACACGUUGUAUGCGUAUGCUUACACGUUAAUUUACAGCUAAAAUAUAUAGUUACAUUACAUGUA